GGCGGCGCGGAUCAUCUCAUCGGAGAGAACAACCGUGAGGUUUGGGCAAGAGGUUGUUUCCACUAGAGAAGAUGCGCUUCAGAUUCUUCUCAGGCUCAAGCGAACAUUGGAAUCAAAGUGGUACUCAUUUUUCAAAUCAAUGGGAUGGACAAUGUCAUUGUUUUCCUCAAACAAGGGCGCCGAUCCAAUCGACGAGUGCAGGGAUAGCAAACUCGUCAAUGGAGUUUCCCUGUUGCACUAUCAGGAGUUUCGUUCUCGAAGAACUUGUCCCAUCCCAAAAGUUCCAUUGUCUCGAGGAUUCGCUGCGAAUCGUCCAUCGACGGCGAUGGAAGAGGUUAGACUUUUGAAAUCCUUUAGCUUAAUGACAAUAUAUUAUGGGCAAUUCCUCUAUGGUUAAUUGAAAAUUAGAUUAUUUAGUGGUCAUUUUCACUAUGCAUUUUCUCUGCUUGAUCCUAGUACUGAUCGUAGCGGGUAUUCAAAAUUACAAUCAAAGAAGACAUGAAUAAGAUGUACAAAAGAGUGAUUGGGUUGUCUUUGGAUUAGGACACGAUACAUGCACCAUGUGGUUCCUUCUAGUACAACCGUUCCUUUGAUUAGUGAGAAGACUAAUGACUAGUACUGCCAAGUGCCAACUCUAAAUUUAUUGAAUAGUUUUUUCAAAUUAUAUGAAAUUUGGAACAUUUCAAUUUUAUUAUUUUUAUCUGUCAAUUGAAAAGGAAACUUCAUAUCUUGAUCUUUCCAUUGACUACCAAAAGACAGCGCAUUAUCAUUAAAUAUAAGCAACCUAGUUUUCUUGGUCGUAUUUGGAAAAGUAAAUUCAACGGUUUUGCAAAGUUCAAUUUUGCCCCCAAAAAACGAAGAGUUUUGUCGCUUCCAAUUAGAGGUAGGAUUAAGCCUCGUAAAAAUCCUAGUCAUUACAGUGGACGUCUGUUCAUCUCACUCCUGCAAAUCUGCCAGCCGGGAACCACCUAGUCACCCAGAAGUUAAUCAGGUUGCUAUCAAUAUUAAAUGGCAGAAGUGGGAUUAUCAAUAGCAGCAAAACUUGCUGAAUACUUGGUGAAUCCAACAUUACAGCAAUUGCAAUAUUUGUUUUGUGUCGGCAAAAUAAGCAGAAAUGCUGAGACCAGAAAGGAGGGUCUGAUUCUCAAGCAAGGGAGGGUGCAAGAACGUGUUGAAGAGGCCAUUAAUAAGACUGAGAGAAUUGAUAAUGAUGUUAAGAAGUGGAAGAAUGAGGUUAAGAUCCUUAUAGCAGAGGUUGAGAACUUAGAGGAAGAAUUGAGGGCCAACAAUUGCUGCUUUCAAAAGUGGUGUCCUAUGUGGAGGAGAUAUUGUCUCUGCAAAAAAUUGACAAAAACAACUCAAAGGAUGAUACAACUAGACGCAGAGAGUGAUAAGUUUAACCCAUUUUCCCAUCCUAUUGUCAUUCCUGUUAUAGAUCUUCACUCUUCUAAAAAUUUUAUACUCUUCGGGUCUACAAAACUGGCUUCUGAUCAGUUGUGGAAGGCAUUGCAAGAUGAUGGUGCCUUUAUAAUUGGGCUAUUUGGUAUGGGGGGCUCAGGCAAAACAAUGUUGGUGAAAGAACUGGGGAAAAAAGCCAAGGCUUUGAAGCUUUUUGAUCGAGUUGUUUUUACUACAGUUUCCCAAAGCACAGAUAUAAGGAAAAUUCAGGGUGAAAUUGCUGACUCGUUGGGACUCAAAUUGGAUGAAGAAUCUGAAAUGGGAAGGGCAAGAAGAAUUGCACUAAGAUUUCAAAGUUCAGGGGAACGUGUUUUGAUGAUAUUGGAUGAUGUAUGGGCUAAGCUAAAUCUUGAAGAUGUAGGGAAUCCACAUGGGGGAAGUCAUCAAAGUAGCUGUAAAGUUCUCAUAACCAUACGCCGCCAAGAAGUAUGCACUUUGAUGGAUUGUCAAAAGACAAUUCCAUUGCAUCUGUUGACAAAAAAUGAAGCUUGGAUUCUGUUCCAAACUCAUGCUAAUGUGGAUGAUAGUGCUAGAGAAGUGGCACAAGAAAUUGCUAAAGAAUGUAAAGGACUGCCCAUUGCAAUUGAAGCUGUGGGGCUUUGCUUGAAAGGAAAAGGACUUGAUGAGAUGAAUGCAGUGUUACAUAGGUUAAGGCAUUCAAAACCAAUAAAUAUGGAUGAGGGUGUAAGGGAUGCUUUUUCUUGUCUCAAACUAAGCUAUGAUUAUUUGAGAAUCCCUGAAGCAAAAUUGUUGUUCUUAGUGUGUGCUAUAUUUCCUGAAGAUCAUAAAAUUAUUAUCGAAGAUAUUUUGAGAUAUGGAGUAGGGUUGGGCUUGUGUAGACAUGCAGACUCUUUUGAAGUAGCUAGGAGCCAAGUUAGAGUGGCACUUAAUAUUCUCGUUGACUCUUCUUUGUUGACUUAUUCUCAAAAUGUUUGGAAGCAAGAAUGCUUGACAAUGCAUGACAUGGUUCGUGAUGUAGCUUUAUGGAUCGCAUCCAAAGAGGAUUGUACCAUUAUGGUAAAUUGUGCAAAAGAACUAGAUGAAUUGCUUGGGGAUGAAGCAGUUAAAGAUUGCUAUGCAGUAUCUUCAUGGCAUGAAGACAAAAAAUUAUGUCAAUUUCCUUCUCAAUUGGAUGCUCCAAAGCUUGAGAUUCUAUUGUUAAAUUCAACAAAGCCCUUGGAUCUAUCUCUUGCAUCAUUUGAAGGUUUAGAAGAACUCAAGGUUGUAGCUAUGAUUCAUGACGGGCCUCUCCCUCAGAAGGAACUGCAACCUCAAUCAAUGCAAUGGUUGUCUAAUCUUCAAACUUUGCGGUUGCAAAAAUGGGAUUUAGGUGACAUCUCUUUUGUGGUAAGAUUAAGGAAACUUGAAAUUCUUGACUUAUGUGGUAGUAAGUUCAAAAAACUGCCAAGUGGAAUUGAAAAUCUAAACCAAUUGAAAUUGCUAGAUUUGUCAAUGUGUGAAGCAGAGGAGUGUUGUUGUGAAGUAAUUGGAAGGUGUUCACAAAUAGAAGAAUUGUAUGCUUCUAGGAAUUUCCUGCACAUGGGAAACACAAAUUGUUAUGAAUGCCUUGUGGAUAUACCUGCUGUUCCAAAAUUGAGGAGGUAUAUAUUAGAAAUGGGGCAGUGCAAAUGUCCAAAAAUUUGGACUAAAGGCAGGAGAGUUUUAUACUUGGGACAACUAAAUAUCUUUAUCUCUAGUGCAUUAAUCAGGAGUUUGGGGCAAAAAGCAACUGCAAUUGAAUUUUAUGAUCUACAAGAAGGCUGCAAAAGUUUCAUCCCAGAUGUAGUUCAAGCCAUAGGGGGUAUGAAUGAAUUAACUAAACUCCACCUUAAUAGCUGUUCGGAGAUAGAAUGGCUUAUCAAUGAAACUACUACUCAUGAAGAUGUUGUUGUCCCCAGAUUGGCUGAGUUGGAGCUGGUUCAUAUGGAUAAUCUAAGACAGCUAUGUCAUGGCCCUUCUUAUCUUAACUUAUUCCAAAAUCUUGAAAGUCUAAACAUAGACAAUUGCCCUCAGUUGCUCAACAUGUUUCCUGCUGAUUGCAACUUAGGCAACCUUAAGAAGCUCCGGAUUUCAAACUGUCCAAUGUUAAUCCUCUUCCAUGUAUCUGUUGCCUGCACUCUGCUUUCACUAAGAGAACUCAGCAUACAUAGUUGCCUUCAGUUACACAACAUGUUUCCUGCUCAUUGCAGCUUAGACAACCUUAAGUUCCUCCAAAUUUUCAAUUGUCCAAUGUUGACAUCUCUCUUCCCUGUCUCUGUUGCUUGCUCUCUGUUAUCUCUGGAAGAGCUCAGAAUAGAAAAAUGCUGUAAAUUGAAGAGUGUGAUAGAUGGAGAAGGUGGCAAUAAUGAUUGGGAGAAUCCAAGAUUUCCAAAAUGGGAAAUUCUAUCUGUUACUGAUUGUUACCAAUUAGAAUCUGUAUGUCCAAUCUCUUGUGCUGAAGGGUUUGUGCAAUUGAAACAUCUAAUCAUAAAAGAUGCUCUACUGUUGAAAGUUAUAUUUGGUGAAGAACAGUCAAUAUAUGAUCAAAAUGGGACCCAGGGAAUGCUUCCUCUUUUGGAAAAUCUCAUGCUGAAAGACCUCCCAAAUCUUCUCAGAAUUUGCUCAAAAGGCUAUCAUCCAAUGUGGCCGUCUAUAAAAAAAGUAGACUGGAUAAACUGUCCGAGAUUGAAUAUUCCACGUGAUUCUCUCAUUAUUGGUUCAGAACUAAGGCAGCCACAACCAAAUAGAGAAUUGCAUGCCCUUGGUGGCCAUCAAUUGAGAAAUGAAGAGCCCGAGCCAUUAGCAGCUGUUUCAAAUAUAGAGAGCAUUAACCUUUGGAAUUGCAGGGUAGUAUCCCUAUUCUACUGUCACAGUGGGGUUGAAGUUCCAAAGACUACAACAUCCAAUGGUCUCAAUCUCAUCCAACAAAUUCCGAUAUUCCAAUGCCUUAAAAAAUUAUCUGUGAAUAACUGUGAAAAAUUGAAAUCUCUUUUCUCUGCUAGUACCUAUCAAAGCCUUCCAGAGUUAACUUUUGUAACCAUAUCAAACUGUUGGGAAUUGGAGGAAAUCUUUGUAGAAAAUGAACAAAUUCAGAAGAAAUUAUCCAAAGCCCACUCUUGUUUACCAAAAUUGCAGAGUUUAAGCAUCAGCAGGUGCAACAAGCUAAGAAUAAUUUUCUCUGCUGUUAUCUGUCAAAGCCUUCCAGAGCUGACUUUUGUGACCAUAUCUGACUGUGUGGAGUUGGAGGAAAUUUUUGGAGAAAAUGAACAAAUUCAGAAGAAGCUAUCCAAAGCCCACCCUUGUUUGCCAAAAUUGCAGAGUUUAAGCAUCAGCAAAUGCUACAAGCUAAGAAGAAUAUUCUCUGCUGGUAUCUGUCAAAGCCUUCCAGAAUUAACUCAUGUAUACAUAUGGCAGUGUAAGGCAUUGGAAGAAAUUUUCACAAGGAAUGAAGAAACUCAGAAGAAUCUAUCCAUAGUCCAAGCUUUUCUCCCAAAGCUGCAGACGUUGGAAAUCUGCAACUGCAAUAAGCUGAAAAUCAUAUUCUCCGUCAUGACCAGAUGCUCAAAUAUUGAAGAUCAUGACAUCGACAGUGAAAAGGAGAUUAUGUUCCCAAACUUGAAACAUAUAGCACUUUACAAGUUACCAAGACUUGUUAAUGUCUGCCAAGGAUUUAAAUUGCACAUAGUGGAGUUUUGCAAAGUGCUGGUUCAUGAAUGCCCAAAAUUUGUGCCAUUUGUCGGUGCAAGUAUUGCAUGGAAUCAUGAAGGACUUGUUAGGACGUUUGUCUUGAAAUGCAGCCAAUUAAGCAAUAAUACAACUCUCUCAAUACCAGUUUCUAUUUUUAACUCCGAAGAACUUGAUAUUGAAAGUUCUAGAGUUCUAGACUUUUGUAAAGUAAUUGGUGGUGGUGAUGAUUAUAAUGAACCACGUGAAGGCAGAGAGAUGUUGAGGUAUGAACAUCAAAUGCUAAAAGGUCUUGUUCCAACCCAAGUUUUGAGCUUCCAAUGUCUUCAUUCUUUAAUGGUGAUUGGAUGUCAAAAGUUGAAGUUCUUAUUCUCAACAAGCACCAUUCUUCACAACAGCCUUCCCAAAUUAACUUUCCUAACUUUAUCUGGUUGUGAUGAUUUGGAGGAACUAAUUGGGGACAACGAUGAACCUCAGAACAUGUCUAAUGUUCAGCUUUGCUUCCCAAAACUAAGAGAGUUAGAGGUUAAGAGGUGCAGCAAGCUCAAAAGACUCUUUCCUUCAAUUGAGAUUGCACUUCCAAAGCUGAGAAUACUUGUACUUGAAGGUCUACCCGCCAUCAUUGACAUUUGUGGAAGUUUUCCCUUUCAGUUGCAGACUCAGUCUUUAUUGUUCUUCAAAGUUAGGAUUGUCCCAUUUUCUCCAAAACCACACAUGCUGCUCUGAACAACCUUUUGCUUGAAGGAAACCCAGAUGAAUACCAAGAAGGUGAAGAGACACAUGAUCAUGAUGGUUUUCGUUUUUCUUAUUACGAUGUUGAUGAAUACCAUUUUCUGAUGGAACAGUGGCCAUAGUGGGCACAAAUAUAUGCAGGUUCUGAAAGGUAUUGGUCUCCACUCUCUCUUAGCCUUAAAGAUUGUAUUUACUCUCUAGUUCCAAGCAAUUUGAUUUAAUACACACACACACAUUAUUUGAAUGAUUUUGAAUUUAAUACUUAUUUCGGUUCAUUGAUUGUAUAAACUAAUAUUGCUCUAUGGGGUU